CUUCAGGCCCUGCACAGCUCUCAUUGGUCUGCAGCAGCAGGAAGUAGGAGGUGGAAAACUCAGCUUUCUGCUUGUUGUUAUCUCAGCUGCAGGCAUUGCUGUUGCCAUAAUGGCCCAAAGGGCCUUACCGAAUCCCUUUGCAGACUACGACAAGUCUCUGGCUACGGGAUACUUUGACUCUUCAGGGCGGCUGACUCCUGAGUUCACUCAGCAUCUGAACAACAAGAUCAGGGAGCUGCUCCAGCAGAUGGAGAGAGGCCUGAAAUCUGCCGACCCCAGGGACUGCACUACGUAUACUGGUUGGGCAGGCAUCGCCUUACUUUACCUACACCUGUAUGAUGUGUACGGAGACCCUUCCUACCUCCAGGUGGCACAGGAGUAUGUGAAGAAGAGCCUGAGCUGUCUCACAAAGCGCUCCAUCACCUUCUUGUGCGGGGAUGCAGGGCCUCUGGCAAUUGGUGCUGUAGUGUAUCACAAGUUGCAACAUGAGAAGCAAGCAGAAGACUGCAUCACACGUUUGCUGCAUCUGCACAAACUUGACGCACGAGUGCCUGAUGAACUGCUGUAUGGGCGCAUAGGAUACCUCUAUGCACUGGUCUUUCUGAACAAGCAUUUUGGAGAGGAAAAGAUCCCUCAGAGCCACAUUCAACAGGUCUCCGAAGCAGUUGUGGCAUCUGGUGAGAACCUGGCCAAAAGGAGGAACUUCACAGCAAAGAGCCCACUGAUGUAUGAGUGGUACCAGGAAUAUUACAUAGGGGCAGCCCAUGGCCUGGCAGGAAUUUAUUAUUAUCUCAUGCAGUCUGGUCUUGGUGUGAGCCAAGUGAAGUUACACAACACUGUCAAGCCCAGCAUGGAUUAUGUUUGCCAGCUGAAGUUCCCUUCAGGCAAUUACCCACCUUGUAUCGAUGACACCAGAGACCUGCUUGUCCACUGGUGCCACGGAGCACCUGGUGUGAUCUACAUGCUUGCACAGGCCUAUAAGGUGUUUGGUGACCAGCAAUACCUGAAUGAUGCCCUUCAGUGUGCAGAAGUGAUCUGGCAGUUUGGAUUGCUGAAGAAAGGGUAUGGGCUCUGCCAUGGGACAGCUGGCAAUGCCUAUGCCUUUCUGACACUAUACAACCUCACUCAGAACAUGAAAUACCUGUACAGGGCCUGCAAGUUUGCAGAGUGGUGUUUGAGCUAUGGGCAGCAUGGAUGCCGGACUCCAGACACACCCUUCUCUCUCUUUGAAGGAAUGGCUGGAACCAUUUAUUUUCUUGCUGAUAUCCUGGUGCCAACAAAAGCCAAGUUCCCGGCAUUUGAACUAUAAAGUCCUUCCACGCAUUUCCCUGCAUGAAUCUUACCAUACUCCAUGGCAUUGGGACAAGUGGAGCAAACUUGUUCGUUCCUCUUUCCAAACUCAGCUCUUGCCUAACAGAGUAAACCAAUCCUGUUGCUGACAUUGUUUUUAUUCUUUUCCAUGCUGUUGUUUUUGCUUUGUUUAGUUAAAAAAAAUUCUUAGCUCUUGUUGUUGGCCUCUAAGCAGGGUGGGGGGAAGGGAAAUGUACAGUAUUUUGUUGGAUAUACAUACUCAGAGUUUUGCUAUCUUAUGUAUCCAGUUUCCAAGGAGGAGAAAACAUGUAUUGGAGGUAACUUUCUCCAACCGAGUUUGUCAUGACUAUUAGUGAUGGAAGCUUAGAUAAUAUUGUCUUAGAGAGACAAAAGAUAAUGUGUUAAGACUGUUACCCUCUAAUUUGCCCCUAAAUAUGUCCAGUCCAGUUAUCCAGGGGGUCGGCAGUUCAUAGCUGAGGUGCUCUUUGGGUAGGUAAUUGUGAUGGACUACAGAAAUGGGAAGAGUGUUUAUUUCUGCUUCCCUAGCAGACUGCAGGUGUCACAGCUAUAACUGACAUGCCAAAGUCCUGUCUUAGACUCGCACCUUUUUGCUUUAUAAGCAAAGACUGUGUUUAGCUCUUUGUACUUAUUGUCAGUGACAAAUGGACAGAUGAGUAAUCCACAAGUUAUUGUGCUUAUCCACCAUGUUACACUAACCUGUGCAGAAGUAGAUCCAUGAGUCACAGCAAGUUUCUGCUUAAAAGAAAGUUAAUCUAAUACUAAGGGUGAUUGCUUCCUUAAUGCAUUAAUUUUGGGAAGCUUUUGCAGUUUAUUUAAAUUUCAGCAUAAUGUUAUAGGUCUUAGGUGGAAUCAGGCCUGUCAACAAAUGUUGCAGACAAGGAAUUGAUUCCACUGUGUUUUGUCAGUGUCAAACCUAUUAUUUAUGUGGGUGCUGUUUACAGCUUUACAGGAUUGUUAUCCAUCUUAGUUCUUUAUCCACUUGCCUGAUAAGUUGGUACCUUAGUAACCUGGCUCACUUAUUGAACACUGUAGUCUGAUAUGUAAGUAAGAAUCCACCCAACCAAAAGUUGGAAAAUCUGCCUCAAAUUAGCAUUGUCCAGUCACUGAACAAGGUCCUUUGGUAGGUAUUAAUCAGCAUCACUCGUUUCAUGGAGGUACAAUGAUUAACAGCUGUCCCAGUAAACUCCUGAUAAGUGAGCAUUCUCCAUGAGUGGUGGGAAUUCUGGAGCCUGCUUGUAUGCAUUUCCAUUGGCUGCUGGAGGUGACCUUAUGGUCAUCACCUUACAAAGCCACAGUCCUGAAGAAGGAGGAAAGUGGUUUUGUUCUCUCAGACUGCUGGCAGUGAGUAGCUAGAAUUGCUACUAGUACCGAACUCUGCAGUUGUCAUACACUAUGUCUGCACAGAAAUCAGAAAGGUGAGUGCAGCCCAUGGAGGCAUACCUUUGCUGCACUUAAUGUACAGUAGCAAAACCAUGGUAGCACAGGCUUCCAGGGGAGCUUCUCUUUCCCACACUGAGACCCAUGCUAUCACAGGUUUGCUACUCGGGGUGCCCAAGCUAGCUAGAUGCCAGCCAGCUCACCUGCACUGAAACAUGCCACAGUCAACUGAAAGAUCCAUAAACAACCAAAUUGCUUGAGCUAAUAGUAAACCAUGUUCCACACAGAUUCCUUCAGCACCACAGGCAAGCCUCACAGUGUCAUUGACUUUCUUUCUUACAAAGGGAUUCAGCACUAAUUGUGCAGACAAUUAAUUAGAAAAAAUUAAAACACAAUGAAGCUAAUCUGCUUUUGGCUAGGUGUCCCUGCUGAAAGCAUCAUGCUCCUUUGGACUAGCUAAGUCUCUUGCUGCUGCGUUUCUGAGCAUUACACGCUAGACUGAGUGACCAUAAAGAAAGCAUGACCUCUGGGGAGGAGGAUUUGACUAAUCACAUAGUUGUAGGAAGCACUGUAAAUUAAGCCUAGCUGUAAAUUAACUUACCUCUUGUCUGAAGUGGCAACUGAAUUGCCACUCUUGUUGGGACAUCUGGAUUUCUGCUGAACACAGUUUCUAUUAAUGAAAAAAAUUGUACAACCGAUUGCAUGGAGAACUCCAGCUGCAUGUAUUCUACUGCGCUUGUACGUGUAUUAGUUGAGCACAGCUAGGGGCACGUACAAUUGUUAGGUGGAAAGCUGUUUAAUAAAACACAAAAUAAACACA